AUGCUCGAUUACGGAGCGGACUCGCUCUGCUUCGUGAUGAUGCGCUGGGGCGGCUGGCCUCCGUGGAUCUCAGUCACGAUGCGGACGCUCCAGCUCAACCCGACCGUCCGCUUCCUGUUGCUCGGCGACAAGCGGCCGCUGCUGGCGCGCUGGCCGGAAAACUGCGCCUUUCACCGCGCCUCCGUCGCCGACGUCCUCUUGCGCGUGCGCGCGCUGCUCGGCGCCGCGCCGCCCUCGCUCAAGCUCGACGGUUCGAGCUCGAAGAUCUCCGACUUCAAGCCGCUGCUCGGCGCCCUCUACCCAGACCUGCUCCGGAGGUGCGCCUUCUGGGGCUACAUGCAGGCGCUCUCUCGAGAUGAGGACCAGCUGCUCGGGGACGUGCGCUCCUUCUUCGACACCGCGACCUUGGCAGCCCACGACAUCUUCUCCCCGCUGCCGCCUCCGAUGCUCAACGCCGGCCCUUUCAUGCUCUACCGCAACUCGAAGCCCGUCAACAACUUGGCCCACGAGAGCGCCGACCUGCGCCGCGUGGCGAGGAGCGGCACGUACGAGGUCUUCGACGAGUGGUGGGGCAAGCUGCGCGAGCCGAUGCCGACCGUCGUCGCGCGCGCGGCAAGAGAAGGCCGUGUCCGCUCCUACGCGCCUCAGCCUCCGGAGACGCGCUGGUGGCUCGCUGAUGACUACGUCUACGACCGGCGGGGCCUCGGAGGCGGCGGCUCGGCGCAGCGGCCCUCCGGGUCUGGCCCGUCCGAGGAGGGGUGGUGGAUGCGGCAGUACGACUCGCGGCUCGUCUAUACGUGGCGCGACGGCGCCCUCUACGCCGGCCGGCCGCCGGACGGCGGGCUGGAGGGCGGCGGCGGGGGCGGGGGCGGGUCGGAGGGAGGGAAGGGCCGGCCCCUGCUGGUGCUCCACCUGCUCGGCACGAAGCGGCGGGAGGCGUUCCGCCGCCUCGAGGCGACCGACCACCUCCUCCGCCUGGCCGCGCACGCGUCAGAGGUGGUCGUCUCGCCGCGCGGGCUCUGGCUCAAGGUCUCCCGCCAGGGCCGGUCUCACUCCUGGUACUCGGGCGCCUUCCCCGGAGUGCACGUCCUCGUCCGCUCGACGGAGCUAGCGCGUGCCAUCGCCGCAGCGGCGGAGGCGGCCCCAAACCGCUCCGCCUCCUCCUCCCCUGCUGUUGAUGCUGCUGCGGGCAUCGCCCCGUGCGUCUACACGGCGAAGUUCGACGACCAAGCCGUCCCGCCAGGCUCUUGCGACGAGUGCUCCCGGAUACAGGCCGCCGCCGAGGCCGCCGCUGCGAACGCGACCGCCCGCGCCUGCGGCGGCGACAGGGCGCACCUCGGGGCGCACCUCUCCUUCGAGUGCGAGCCUCGGGGCGGCUCCGUCUCGGCGCGCGGGCUGCCGGCGUGCGCGGCGCGGCUGGCGCUGCGAGGAGGACACGCGAGGCGAGAGUGCCACGCCGCCCUCGCCCGGCUCGCCCGCCGCUCGCUCGCCCUGCGGCUGCCCCGGACAGCGCAGCCGGAGGCGGUGCCGAUGCCGAGCCUCACGCCGGCGUGGUCCCUGGCGCACGGUCUCGAGCCCUGCCUGGGCAGAGCGGUCGCCGCGGAGCAGCGGUCUCAGAGCCACGCAUCCUCCUAG